CGUUUUCCUUAAACGUGUUCUCCUCAAUGUCCAGGUUUAAUUUUGUUUAAGACAGGGAACACUUACGGUGUUAGGUGUUGGUCUAAUUGACUUUAAGGGGCCCUAGACGGCUGCCUACCUUUGCCUAUAGCGUUGAGUCCGCCCAUGCAGAUCACCAUUCGUGACCGGGAUAGGAGCCAGAUUUCUCCAUGUUCUCUUUUGCUUUGAGGGAGUGGUAUGAACUAAAGCAAACACAAACUAAUCCAAACUCACUUUUCUCCUGUCUGUUGGGCUGACUGUUUCUCUUGUGCUAUCAUUACCAUUACGCAGAAUAAUUACAUCAGCUGCAGCCACUUCCAGGCAUUGAUCUGUAACUCGAAUCAAUCCUCUGGAGACACAAGGGGAUGAAAUGGUGAUCUAUGGUGGUGUGUGAGGGGAAAAACCUGACUUUCAGGCACCAUAGGAGUUCCAGUCUGUAGAAUGGUGGGACAGUUCCUGGUAUAGCAUCUCUUCCUGCAAGCACAGCUUUCUAAGUGCUCUAAUGAGAUAGUGGGCAAGAAAAAAAGUCCAUGGGAUGCUGCAUGUGAGAAACGGGAAGAUGUGCGGUGUAUGUGUAACGAGUUUCUAAUUAAAGACACGGCGAUGUAAGACCUCGAGGGACGACUCCUUCCGUCUGAGAGCCUCAAUAAAUUGGCGAGAAUCGACGGCGAAUGUUUGGAGACGUUCAAGACGAGCGACGCGUGUCCUCGAGGAGCUUUCACUGGAGUUUUCUCAAGUCUCGGAGACAUCAGAAGGGAGCCUGACCACUCAAACUUCCCACGCUUGAAGUGAUUAAAGGACGAUACGCUUUAAAGGAUAGCGCUCUCUCUCUCUCUCUCUCUCUCUCUCUCUCGUUUUGCGAUCCUCGCGUGGGGUUAUAUAGACACCGGACGCUCGAGACUCAAUAAAACACAACGCGCGCUCAAUCGCCUCAGGCUGUGUCGAUUGAGGGAAAGAAACGCAGCAACACGAGAGACUUCAGCAGACUGCGAGAUCCAGGACUUGGGCAGUGCGGGACUUGCGCGCACUCUGGUUGCGGGAGCGAUGCGCGCGUUGCGGGCUCCGGUUCUAGUAAUGGGGCUCGUCAUGUUAAUCUGCACUACUGCACAAAGCGAGGCCAGCGUGAACAAGGUCGAGAAAACAUUCAGACGGAUAAUAGACAUCAUGAGACUGGUGGAAAACAGCGCUGACGACGCAAGCGCGCAAGAGAAAGAGAGCGCGCAUCAUCUCAAAACGGAAACCGGGGAAACAAUUUUAAAAAUCUUUCCCAGAGACGUCAGAAAGAAAGAGAAGGUUAUCAGAAUCUUAACAGGUCCUCUUUAUUUCAGUCCAAAAUGCAGGAAGCACGUCUACAGGCUUUAUCAUAACACCAGAGACUGCACCAUCCCUGCAUACUUCAAAAGAUGCGCACGACUUCUGACGCGACUGGCGGGGAGUCCUAGAUGUCAAGAGGGUUAACUUUACCAGCAGGUUGAAGCCAAACCAGAGUGACCCAGAAAAAAAAACAGCAGUCAAAGUGCCUUUGGACAAGAGAAGAGAAUUUAAACCAACACGCAACAUUCCACAUAAUCAGCAAAUCACGUCCAGAACACUGCUCUGCCUCUCCGGAGAAUAGAUGUGGGAAAGAAUUGAUAGAGCAGUAAACGAACACAGUAUAAUGGGAUGCACUUGCUCAAGGACGGUCUGCUGGACUCAGCAUGGAGCCAAUGUUAAAACACAGGACGACAGAGAAAGAAAACAGAAAACCCAUCUGGCGCAUUGGGUUAAGAACCUAUCUGCCAAAAAAUAAAACCAUUUUCCAUCGUUUCAUCACGAAAAAAGGGAUUGCCAUGGUUUUGCGUUUUGUUCUCAUCAGAUAUGGACUCGUCACAGUCAGUGCUGAUGUUUCAUGCGACAUGCUUCGAUGGGGUUACAAUUCAGAGCCGUGACGACAAAUUGUGUUAGUUCACUGCGACAAGAGAGAGAUUUGCUUUUCUCUGUGCUAGAACUGAAAACCAGUUAACUGCAUGAACGUUUCCUUUCGCUUCUGUUUGCCAGCAAACAGGUAGAUUUUUGCAGUAAAUCCGUGAAAAGCUUUUCGUUUUUGUGUGAGACUGUGAGUGUAUGACUGUGGAAUAUAUUCAGUAUAUUUUGAUAUGUAAAUGUUGUACAAAUGAGACUUAAAAAAAAAUCUGUAUAACAAACAUAUAAGCGUCUGACGUACGAUGGGAUGUGUAUAUUUAAAAGAAAAUAUAUUUAAAUAAAUUAUGAUUGUUUAAACACUGGUCUUUAAUGUUAUAAAAAUAGACCAAAAAAUGAAAGGUUAAUCUUCUGUAGCAUAAAACAUAGUCUCUAUCUAGUUGAACAGCUUAUCUUGGCAUCGGAAAAUAUAUUUUUAAGGGAGUUCAAGAUCUCUUAUCACUCAUGGUGGAUGCUUUGGAUGCUUCAGAGAUAUUGAAUUUUUUGUCUGUAACCACACCAAAGAUAACGGUCAACUUCUGUUGAUAAAUAUCUUAGCGAUGAGGAAAAUUCUCCAGAGGGUUCCCGAAAAGAUGAAGAGAAUGAAUGGGAGAGGAAA